AUGAGCAUAUUAGCGAGUUUUCUGCAGACCGAGCUGCUAAACUUGUCCAGCGAGGCCAAGCGAAAGAACCCGGAGAUCAAGGAGGCAGCAGAACGUGUUCUAUACAUCCUACGUGCGCUAAAAGAACGGCCGAAUGUGCAACAGGCCGACAACGUUGACUAUGUGGCCGUGGAGCUUGCAAAGACGGACGAUGCGUUAAAACCUUUCAUCAUGUCGUGCGAGACAAAGAACCCGAAACUUGUGCACAUCGCCGUGCCAUGUCUACAACGACUCAUAACGCAUCAAGCGAUACCAGAGGAAUCUAUAGGUCUAGUCUUGAGAACGCUCUCAGAUCUCCUCAGCAGCGGUGUUGAUAUGCAGUUGAAGAUCCUGCAGACCAUCAUACCACUGCUGACGAACUACAAGUCGAUACACGGAUCUUUGGUGGCGGAUGCACUGCUGUUGUGUUUCCGGUUGCAGGAAACAAAAUCGCCUAUUGUCAACAACACGGCGGCAGCGACAGUGCGGCAGAUGAUUACUCUGGUUUUCGAUAAGGUUGCCAGCGAGAACCUCGCAGCAGGAGUGCAAGCUACACCCGUUGAUGCGCCUCUGAGCGAGUCCGGGAAAGAUGCUUGUAUGCUUUUCAAGGACCUGUGUCUGCUCACGGGUGGUGAGUCAGCCGCGUUCCUGUCUCUGCAGUCCCUACCGAAAACUUUCGGUCUCGAGCUCCUCGAGGCCGUGAUUGUGCAUCAUCCGCGAUUAUUCCGAGAACAUGUAGAACUUGCGAAUCUUUUGAAGGAAAGAGUGUGUCCUCUCAUCAUCAAAUCCUUCUCGGAUCGUGUCGAUUUCCCUUUGGCUUGCCGUCUAAUGCGUGUCGUACAAGUUAUUCUGAAGCAGUAUCACGACAUAUUGGUUAUGGAAUGUGAGAUCUUCCUAUCAAUGUUUUGCCGGCAUUUGGAGCCGGAUCACGCGCCAUUGUGGCAUAGAGUUCUCGUGAUGGAGGUGUAUAGAUCCAUAUGUGCCGAUGCCGACCUCCUCAGGUUCAUUUUCCGAUCGUACGAUCAGAAGGAGCAUACAACGAAGGUCUUCCACGAGAUGGUAACAGCCAUUCGUCGCAUCAUCGUAGCAGAGAAGCCUGCUUUGCUACUGCAUCCACCACAUACUGCAAAUUCUGAUACGCUCGAAUCGAUACCUGAAGACCAACAACACUCGCUGACAGCCACCGGUGCUCAGAUCAAACUGCAAUGUUUGGACCAGCUCGACAAAUCCGAACCACCAUCUAUCCCCGAAACUUACAUCAUUUAUCUGGCGAUUCAAUGCAUGAACCGGACAGUCGAAAGCCAAGCAGAGUUCACUUUGCCCUUGUUGGCCGAGGCCAAUACGCCAACGGAACAUAAAGACGAUGUUAUUAUGGCUAUCGAAAUGGCAAACGCGUCGUGGGCUGGCACGCUAGCGGCUCUAUCUUUCUUAGUCACCUCUUCCAUCGACGACGAUGUCUUUGCGAUGGUGAUUAGAGCAUACCAGAACAUCACGACCGUCGUCGGGCUAUUAGGAUUGACAUCGCAUCGGGACGCAUUUCUGGCUUCACUCAGCAAAUCCUGUUUGCCGCAGGGCUCUUUUCCGGAGAGUGGGGGAUAUGACAAAAUGGCGUCGCCGCAGAGCUCCUAUGCAUCGGGCUCGCAGGCGGCGUUCCGGCCGGGCAAUGCCGUUCUCACCGAUCGCAACGUUCUGUGCAUCCGAGCUCUGAUUAAUGUUGCUCAGUCACUCACCACCGUGCUGGAGGACAAGGCGUGGUACCAAAUACUGGAAACCCUUCAAGUCGCGGACAAGCUGAUAACGAUGGGCAAAACCGGGAAGAAGGAGUCGAGUUCGAUGUCGUUGAUAAGCGACACCAAAGACACACGCUUGAGAAGUGGCUCGAUUGUACCACAAACUCAAACUGUUGUUGGUGGACAGGAGAAUCAAUAUGUUACGCUCCUGGUCUCCGCCAAAAAGCUUAUGGAGAGCACAUCGGUGAUGGACGAGCGCAACCUCUUGGAGUUUGUGAGAGCCCUUUGCACGCUGGCUCGGACCACUGCAGCAGGAGCAGCUCAAGCGGCUUCUGGCUCCGGUGGGACAACGAAAGAUUCGAUGAAGCUCGCUGAAGAGAAAUCGUUCGCUGUGGCAAAACUGCACGAUGUGAUUCUCUUGAACAUUGGACGGCUUAUGAAAUCACAGGACCUGGCUAUGUGGGACUUUGUCAUUUUCGAAUUGAUCGAUUUGGCUCACAGCCCAGCUUGCACGGGGCCGAUCAGAACGCAGCUCUGUCUUACCCUCAGCGAUGUAUUACUCGCUGCUGUGCAGGUCGCAGAUUUCAAUGAUAAUGCUGUCGAGCUGAAACUAUUGGGACCGUUGCGCAAGCUGAUUCUCACGGAACCGGGGACUACGGCUCUGGCCAGUCCGACGAACGACAACGAGGACAGAGAGAAGGCCUCAAAAACCGCGUGGUUUGUCGAGGUGCAAAAGUCCGGUUUGGAGACUAUAAAUAAGAUUCUCCAGACGAGCGGGCAGCAUCUCAGCGCGGGGUGGCCUUUGAUUCUGGAAGUCAUCCAUGCCGUUGUCAGCUCUCGGAUCCGGAAGUCGCGUACAAAGGACCCAAAGCCGGUCACCGAGACCGAAACAGCGCAGGCCGCUGUGGUAGUCGAGGCCGCCAUACCGAAAGCUUCCGGUCUAGUGCGAGUCGCUUUCCCAUGUCUGCAACUCAUUUGCACGGAUUUCCUCUCGCUUUUGCAGCCAACCGUGCUGCAUCAAUGUAUCGAAGCUCUUGGAAACUUUGGUUCGCAAACAGAUGACCUGAACAUCAGCUUGACGGCGGUCGGUCUCCUGUGGUCUAUGAGCGAUUUCGUUCUCACUAGACGGCAAGAUCUGGAACGAGUGAAGACGGCGUCACCGGAACCUCAAGAAGUAAACGAGCAACAGGAGCAGCCUACGUCGGCGCCGGUCGUCGCGGUUGGAGGCCUAGCUCCACCGCAAUCAAGUAUAAAACGCUCAACAUCCGCAUGCAUCGCCGCGCUAAAGGAGCCAUUGUCGAAAGAGACGAUGGACGCACUCUGGAUGUUGUUGCUUGGCCACCUGUCGCAGCUUUGCUCAGAUCCCAGACCGGAAGUUCGCAACUCGGCAAACCAGUCCCUAUUCCGAACCCUGAGUAUGAACGGCGCGAAGCUGAACUUGCAAGCGUGGGAACAGUGCAUAUGGAGCGUCCUGUUUCCGUUAUUGGAAAGAGUGCAAGCGUCUAGCGAAGACGAAACGGCGAGACGGACAAGCGUGCCGUCUUCGGAUACACCGUAUUCAGCAUCCCCAAGUACCGCCAAGCAGUGGGAUGAGACGAAAGUCAUCACGCUCUCCGGAAUCUCCCGGUGUCUGUUCGAUUUCCUGAACGUCCUUGUCGAAUUAGGCGAUGGCUUCGACCGGGCAUGGUCACUGUUCCUGGAUUACAUCAAAUCUUGGUGUCUCAAUUCAUCUCCGGAAGUAUCCAUUGCAGCAGUCAAGAGCCUGCGAAGCCUGGUUCAGUACCCAAAGAACCCACCAAAUGGACUGGUACCUGAUAACGUGCAGGGUCACCUCGUAAAGCUGAUGAGGGUGGCAUGGGAUGUUUGGGCGGCUAUCGGAAACGGCAUCAUCUCAAAUGCAGAUGAGAACCUGGCCCAAGCAAGUCUGAUAGCAACCGGGAGCAGUACACCUCCCAACAACUCGGCGGUUAGCAAGACGACCCCAAGCACACUCCACGGUUCCUUCACGCAGGACACACUUACGGCUUUCAUUUCCUUAUUCGCGGAUAUAUACGAUGUCAUCAAGGGCACAUUUGGACUAUUCGAGUUGAGACAGUUACUCAAUAUUGUAUCAAACCUGCUGCUUUAUCACACAAAUCCUCAAGCAGGGGCGACAGCAAGUAGAAUCCGCGCCGACUACAUCAACGAUCUCGAUCACCCAACGCCAUUGCAAGUUGCGGUUCUCGAUCUGGUAGUUGGAGGAAAACUCGAUAUAGAUAGCAUCCCAGGAGCGCCCGAGUUGCUCCUUAUAGAUAGCAUCCCAGGAGCGCCCGAGUUGCUCCUUACGACAGUAGCAGGAUUCAUCAGGCUACCAUUCGCUCGUCGUGCCGCCGACAGUGCGCGGAGCCCAGGCCCGGCAACCGUCUCUGAUCGACAACCUGCCGUAUCCACCCCAACGACCGCUGCACAAGAGCGAGGUUUCACCUACAUGGCCUUUGCAAAGAAGAGCAUGCAGCAUCUUGUUGAGCUGUUUGAGCGGUACGGACGAAUCAAAGCGGUUUACUCAUCAGGCCCGUUUGUCGACGUCAUUGAGGCGUUGGGUGUGCCCAUGAAAGCGAAAUAUGACUGCCCUAAUCCGGGGAAUAAGGACACGACGCCAUUGUGGAGAUAUGCUGCCAACACUUGCAUGACGAUUAUCCGUGUCGGCCUCCUGAAUUUGAAUGAGUUUGUUGCAGAUUUGCCCCAGGAUGUCCUAUUAGGCAUAUACAUGAAGCUUUUGAACACACUAGAAGGCACUCUGCUGCCUACCAGCGAACCGCUUGCAUCCCUUUCUCCCGAGGAACUUUCGGCGGAUGAGGCCUUUGACAUUUUCGUUCUCACCACUCUUGAAAGCGACAUAUUCCAUCAAUUUGGGCAACCCCACGUUCCAGAAGCCGUUCUGAUCCGUCUGGUAGACAUAAUCGGAAACGGGUCCCGGAGAUAUACCUCUCAGUUGGAGGCGCAUGGGUACAAUAAGUACCAAGACGAACCGGAUGGCACGAUAUUGAACGGGCUCCUAUCAACUAGUCCCUCGCAACGAGCCAGUGUGGCGACACGACCGGAAGCGAUUGCGAAGAUUGCUGGGGUCCCUUCGUUUGAGCAGGCAAGUCAGCAUGCGUUGGGCAGUGACGUUGUGCCUGUGAGACGAGAGCAGUUUGCGAAAACCUGUCUGGAUACCGUAUUCAGGCUGGCUGCUGAUUCGACUGAUGGAGACGUAGCGAUCAAGAACCGCAUCGCCGAAGUUGUAGGCCCAGUGCUGCUUACCAAAUGCAGGAACGUUAUUGUUUCUUAUGCGGGCGACAAGAGGACGUACGGGCAAUUGCCAUUGCCGAGAGUGCGCGAUGAAGAGAUCAUUGCGGUGAUGCAGAGUCUGGAGGCACUGGAUAUCAGGCCCGGAGCGCUUGUGCGGUAUCUCGGUGAAGACAAGCUUCACCCACUACGAUCACACAUUCUCAGCGGAAGAUCCGCUCAUCUGUUUGCCCUUUACCCACUUCUCUGCGAUCUAAUCGAGGUGCUCGCCAAACACGGUCCACCGAAGAAUGUGGACUCGAUAGAAGACGCGACAGCGGUGAUUGCGUCGGUCAGGUCGUGUUUAAGACGAGUAGGCAGGGAGUUGGGGAUUGAGGUUGAAACUACGAUUUCUCAGUCGCUAUGA